UUAAAGAGAGCAAAAGAGCAGCGCAGCCAGUUCCUGUCCCACAACUUGUUAAGAACCACCUCAUCGCUUUGUGCAAGGAUGUAGCGUUCACUGUCCGGUGCUCUUUGUGCCACAAGGUGCUCAUCUCACAUCAAGCAGCUCAAGCUCAUUUUAACGUGCAGUGCAGACACGGCUGUGCUGUGGUCAAGGCUGACAAAACAAUAGUGGAAUUUAUGAAACAGCUUUGCGUGUGUGGACAGUGUUGUCUCUGCUCUGAAAUCUUCCUCUGCCACGCUGAAAUUGAGAGACACAAAGAAUCUUUGCAGCAUGACGUUGAGGUCACUCAAUCAAUGGCUAAAGCCCUUCUUCUGUACUGUAGGUUUACUGAAAUUCAGCGGCGUACUAAAGAGGCACAGGGGAAAAGGAUGUCAUAUGGCCUUAAGACACCUUUUCAAAUGAACAAUAAGAGGAGUGAAAGUGGUAGAUCUUCAGCUAAACGACAAAAGCUAAGUCCAUGCGUGAAUGCCAGCAGCAGCAAGAACUCGUUUGUUUGGUUUUGCGAGUGUGGCCUCCAGUUUUCAGAAGAGGCUCCAGCCACGAACCAUCUUCUGGCUGCGAACCAGAUUUUCUAUCAGUGUGGUGUCUGUGGCAAGCACAUGGGUGAGUCUUCAAUCACCCGCCUGCACAUGAGUCGCAUCCAUGGGGGAGCACAUCUCUCCAGCUUCCUGUUUUUCUGCCGAAAGUGCCGUGUGGAAAUGCCCCGGUAUGAAGAUAUCAUGUCACACGUGUCAGAGGUCCACAGAGGACACACCUACGUCACUGAGAAGGAAGUUCCCUCUGAUCUCAUGUCUGCUCUUGAUGCUAAACCUUCCACUAGCAACAAAGUCGACCUGGUUUCUGUGUCCAAAGCCCAGCGGAACACGAUGGGGACAUCAUCCUCAAACGUGGACCAUACGUGGAUGUGUAGGAUGUGCGAGGACAUUUUUGACUCUGAGGCAGAAGUACGCAAGCACUGCAGUGACGUGAACAGCCAUAACUUUCAGAGAUUUGUCUGUGGACACUGUCCGCAAAAGUUCUUCAAAGAGUCCACUGUUCGGAGACACUGCAUGAACGAGCAUGGCGGAGAGAUAAAGAGUUCCUAUUUCUGCGGUCUCUGCGACAGCAUGCAGUUUGAAUCUGAAGGUGAGUUCAUGGAGCAUUACAGGAGUCUUCACAGUAAGGAUUACUGCUGUAUGAAUGAUGCGGAAGUUGUUCAGACCUCUGCUGCUGAAGGAACCGCUCAGCUGACCUGCUCAUGCAUGGGUUCAGAAGAAAGCAAGGAUGAAAUGAAAGCGACAUACACUCGCUGCAUGAGGAAUCUGUCUGCUGAGGGGAGAUGUCAGUACGUGUGCGCUCCUUGCUGUGUGUCUGUGCAGUCCUAUGCACAGAUGAAGACUCACAUCCACACAAAGCAUGCAGCCUUGAACCUGGACAAGACCUUCGAGGUAGAAUGCAACGAGUGUCCAGAGAGUUUUACAGGUGUGCCAAGUUUCCAUAAACAUUAUCACUCCCAGCACUGUGUACUGGAACCCUGUGUGAGCUCCAGGAUCAGCAGGAAAGACUCGAGCACCGAACCAUCCACUGUGAAGAUAAUCAAUGCUUUGGAGAUCAAACCAGCUCAUGAAGAGAUUGAAGAUGAAAAACUGGUGAAGUUUUUGAAGGACUAUCCAGACAACAGUGAGAAAGAAGCAUGUGGAGAUGAAUCAGACGAUGAAAUGAGACGUGCGUUGUCUUUGAGUGCAGAAGAGGCGAGAGAGUUAACAG